CGUUGGCCCCCUCCGUUCAAGAAGUAGUAGUGCUGCUUCCGCGGCAAUGAAUUGUGCCCGGGCGGUGGCGGCUUGCUGCCGGUGGCGGCUGCGCACAGGCCGCCUGCAGCCCCUCUCAGCUUAUGGAAGAAGAAUCAGUGUCAGAUUCUGCAGUUCGGGAAUGACCUUAGACAAUAUCAAUAGGGAAGCUGUGGAUCGAAUAAUCCGGGUGGAUCAUGCGGGUGAAUAUGGAGCGAACCGCAUCUACGCAGGGCAGAUGGCCGUCCUGGGUCGGACAAGCGUCGGGCCGGUCAUUCAGAAAAUGUGGGAUCAAGAAAAGGACCACUUGAAAAAGUUCAAUGAGUUGAUGGUUGCAUUCAGGGUGCGGCCGACCAUUCUGAUGCCCUUUUGGAACGUGGUGGGGUUUGCACUGGGUGCCGGAACUGCCCUGCUUGGGAAGGAGGGCGCCAUGGCCUGCACGGUGGCUGUGGAAGAGUCCAUCGCACACCACUACAACAACCAGAUCAGGACGCUGAUGGAGAAGGAGCCUGAAAAAUACGAGGAGCUUCUGCAGGUGAUCAGGAAAUUUCGGGAUGAAGAGCUUGAGCACCAUGACAUAGGCCUCGAACAUGACGCAGAACUGGCUCCAGCAUAUACCGUUCUGAAGAGCGUUAUCCAGGCUGGAUGCAGAGUGGCGAUAUAUUUAUCAGAAAGACUUUAAAGUAUGCCCACUUUUCCUUGUGUGUAAGGAUAAUAGUAAUUUUAACAGGUGACAGUGGCAGAGAAGGAAAUGUACAGUUAUUGUUCUGUGACUUUGUUAAUAAAUUAUGAGAGGUUUUUUCGUUAAUAAAAUUCUCCAGUGUUGGUUGUUCUCUAG